GAGAUAGCGCACUUGUGGCCUCUGAUGCAUUUCGGAAACCCACGAGCAGUCGCCGCUUACUCCGUGUAGAGUUCUGUUUGUGUUCUAGAUAAAUGAUUCAGAAGGAAACUCCUCCAACAUCUCCCUACAUGGAUCAACACGUGGAAGAGCUGGAAGAUGAUGACUUGGAGUUGAUCGAAAAUGGAGAUGUUGAAGUAUUAGACAGUUAUGAAGUUGAAGAAAUAGAAGAAAUAGAGGAUGAUGAAGAUCAAAUGGGUGAACCCCAUGAAAAUUUUGAGCAAAUGGAGAGAGAAGAUGCUUCAUGCAUUUUUGAUAGACACACUGCUUCUGUAUUUACUGGAUCGCUGAGUAAAGAUGGUAAUUAUGCAGUAACGGGUGGUGAAGAUGAUAAGGCUUACGUUUGGAAUUCAAGAACUGGAGAAAUUGUUGUUGAAUGUUCAGAGCAUAAAGACAGUGUUGUAUUUGCUGAUUUUAGUCAUGAUGAUGUUUAUCUGGCUACUGGUGACAUGAAUGGUAUCAUUAAAGUUAGAAAAACAUCAGACAACCAAAUUAUUUGGGAUUAUGAUAUGGGUGAUGCCCUUUGGAUGCAAUGGCACCAUCAUGCACAUGUUCUACUUGCUGGAUCAGUAGCAGGUGAAGUUUAUAUGUGGAAGAUUCCAAGUGGAGAGUGCAAGAUUAUUCAAGGAUUUGGAAGAAAACCAGAUGUUGCUUCCCUCAUGCCAGAUGGUAGAAAAUUAGUGGUCGGGUAUGAGGAUGGAACUAUAAGAGUUAUUGAUUUGAGAUCAGCAACAGUUUUGCAAACAAUUUCUGGUAAUCUAGCUCAUUCUGAUGCAAUUACAUGUCUUGAUUGUUAUGUGGAUAAUAAUAUAAUUUUAUCGGGUGGAGUUGAUGGAAAAGUCAUUGUCAGUACAGCAAAUACUGGAAGGGUGCACGUUCUUCAAAAUUUCAACCACAAUGUUGAUAGAGAAAUGGCUGAUGCAAACGAAGAAUCUUCUGACAUGGAAGCUUCUGGUUCUAGAAAUUCUAGCAGUAAUUGGGCAGAAUCUGUUGCUUUCAUGAAAGAUUCUUCACAACAGAUAGCAGCUGUCGGAACUUUAAAAGGACAAAUAUUCAUAUGGGAUGUAGCAAGAGAGGUGUUAAGGCAUUCAAUUGACCAAGGGAGCGGAGUAGCCAAAAUUAUUUGGAAACUGAAUUCACCUUUAAUAUACGCUGCUGGUUUGGAUGGAAUAUUAAGGUGUUACGAUGGUAGGACUGCAGAAUGUGCAAAAACUUAUUUAGGUCAUGUUGAUGACAUUCUCGACUUGCAUUUAUCUACAGAUGGAAAACGUGCUCUCACUACAUCAGAUGAUAAUACUGCACGAAUUUUUGAAAUUGAGUAAAUAUUAGUAAUACAAUAGACUUUUGGAAACACCUAUGCAGGUGAAUUGCAUUUAUCAGAAAUUAGUUUAUUGAUAAAUACUAUCUGUUAGUCUUACUAGUUAGGACUUUUAAUAGGCACAUUUUUAAUUCUUGUACAACUAUCUAUGUGUUAAAUACUUUUAGUGAAUAUUUUACAGAGUUUACAUUUAAAAUUCGAGUAUCAAAAGUAUGUAGUGUUGAUCACUCAUUCUUUAACUUGUAACAGAGAAAUUAUGUUCCACAAUAGAAUCAAUAUUUUAUCUAAAAUUAUGAAUUAUUGUAAAUUUUCAAUGUCAACCCAACACAGUUACAAAUUUGUAAAAUUUAAUUUUUUUUUUUAAAUUAAUAUGCAUUCUGUUGAAAUGCAACAGUGAUAAUUACAAGACUUAUGUAAUAUAUAUUUAUGUUAACAGUUUCAAUUUUUAUUUUGAAGGUUGAUGUUGUAUGAA